UGCUUAUUUAACAGCAGGGGUGAUUACAAUGCCACAGUACCUCAAAAAAAGAUCUGGAGGUACUAGAAUUAGUUUGUACCUCUCUGUCAUUUCACUUUUCCUUUACAAAGAUUUCUGUAAGUAUAAACACAUAUCCAUAUCAAAAACAUCACUAUGAACCUUACUGAAGAAUUGUAAUGUGCUGAUUUUGUACUCUACAAAAGAAAAUGUACCUACAUACACCCUCUGUAUAUGUUCUCCUUUUUACUGAAUUUAAGUUAAUAUGUUCUCAGGAGCCGUUUUUAUACAGCAAGCUCUUGGAUGGAACAUCUAUGUUGCAGUGAUUGCCUUGCUUUGCAUAACAGCACUCUAUACUGUCACAGGGGGCUUUCUGGGACCUAAUGGGAGGACUCGUUAUGGGUCUGUGUCACAUGGUACCAGAGUUGCAUAUGCUCGGGAAGCUGCCUCUUUCCCUCCAACUGCCCAAAACUUGUGGAGUUCAUUACCUUUACUUUGCAGUGCUGCUCUUCUUCUGCACUGCUAUUCUGGUGCUAAUCAUAAGCUACAACAUUCCACCCAUAGAAGACAAACACCUUCAUCGCCUUGUCUUCAGCUUAUGCUAUUCAAAAGAAGGAUCGAUCUGGACUGGGAAGAGCAAGAACGAGGAAGACAAGCUCAAAGAGAGGCAGAUGAAAAAGAAAAGGUCGUAAUAUAUGAGGAUGAAAAUGAACAUGGUGACAAAUCCAUAACUAUGAAGAUUAUUGGCUGGUUUUGUGGCAUAAAUGACACUCAAGCUCCAGAGCCUACAGAGGAAGUGACUGAGGCAUCAAAACAAUUGCCUGACAUAAGUAAACACACAGUGUGGAAGAACUUAGUCAAUGCUAAUGCUCUAAUAAUGAUGUCUGUAGUGGUUUAUUGUUGGGGUUUCUAUGCAUGAGAGAAUCCAGUGUCUGUAUCAUAUAAUAUCUUUGUAAACUCCUUGAAAUCUUCACAUACUGCCUACUACAGAAUCUUUUUAUCCAAUCAUAUCCCUAUUAUCCACAUGUGAGUGUUUAGUGGCUCACUGGAAAUACAAAUUUGCUAAAAGCCAGGACAUCUAUUUCAAGUACAUUUCUC